CGUCACUCAAGAUAGUUUAGUUGAAAUAUCUGGUGAUUUCAGACUUGUGGAGAGUUAUUUCAAUGAAUAAUGUUUCACACAUGGCUUUUAUUGUGUUUGUUCUUGUGGCAUGUGGUCGGUGUGUUUGAUGUUGAUCCAGAUAAAGUGAAGUCAGUGUCAGUGAUGGAGGGAGAUUCUGUCACUUUACACACUGAUCUUACUCAAAUACAAGAUGGUGAUGAGAUCGACUGGAGGAUUAUACCUGAACACAUUCGUAUCGCUAGAAUCAAGAGAAAGAUCUUCAAUACAUAUGAUGAUGUUCUUGAUGGGAGAUUCAGAGGUCGACUGUAUCUGAACCAUCAGACUGGAGAUCUCACCAUCACAAACAUCACAACUGAACACACUGGACUUUAUCAACUAAACAUCAUAACUGGGAAGAAAACGACAAAUUAUUUCAGUGUCACAGUUUCUGGUCGUCUGCCGGUUCCUGUGAUCAUCAGAGACUCUUCUCAAUGUUCUUCAAGCUCUAAAUGUGUGUUGGUGUGUUCAGUGGUGAAUGUGACACAGGUGACUCUCUCCUGGUACAAAGGAAACAGUUUAUUGUCCUCCAUCAGUGUGUCUGAUCUCAACAGAAGUCUCUCUCUACAUCUGGAGUGUGGCGAUGAUUCUUACAGCUGUGUGAUCAACAAUCCCAUCAGAAAUCAGACUAAACAUCUCAACAUUACUGAAGUCUGUCAGCCGUGUUCAGAUUUCUCAUGGCUAAUAAAAGACUACCUCCUUGGUUGUGGUUGUGGUUGUGGUUUCACUGAAGCUGUGAUCCGAUUGGUCAUCUCUGGUCUGGUGGGCGUGGCUGCUGUUGCUGUACUGGUUUAUGACAUCAGAUCUAAAAGUGUUGGACAGAAGAUGAGAGAGCAGACAUCAUCACUCAAGUAAAUAACAGAUGAAUAAGAUAUUCAAUCAUCAGGAAGCUAGAGGGAGAAUUUAUUGAACAUCUGGAUCCAUUCAGAGCAUGUCAGCAAUUUCCUCUUCCCUCUCCAAGCAUCCUCCAGUCAUCCUCCAGACAUCCACCAAACAUCCUCCAAACUCUCUCCAAACUCUCCCGUCCAACUCCAGAGGAGUAAGAAUGAUGAAACGACAGAGAUCAAGUUUUCAACAGUUUUUAGCUAAUGAUGGCCCUGUUGCUGUCGCAUCUCGUUUUAUCACUCCCUCUACUGCUACAUUGUGGCUCCAUUAAAAAUUAGGAAGAAAAAAGUCAAGGCUCAGCCCUGGUUGAAUAGUAAUACCCGUGCUCUUAGGCAGGAGUGCAGGAAGGCUGAGCGAAAGUGGCUUAAAGAUAAACUACAAGUGUCCUAUGAAAUUUUGAGAGACUGUUUGACUAAAUUUCAAAGAGCAGUUAAAUUAGCCAGAUCAAGCUAUUUUUCUAAUAUAAUUUCAAAGAACUGUCAUAAUGCUAAAGUUCUCUUUUCUACUAUUACAUCAUUUCUUCAUCCAGUUGCCCUUACACCCAUCUCCCCUUCGGUGGACACAUGUGAACAGUUUUUAACAUUUUUUACUGUUAAAAUUUCUGGUAUACGCUCACAGAUCUUAUCUGCUAGCAAUGAUCCUGUUACCUAUCCUGUUCUGCAAAAUCUGUUGACCUGUUUUGUACCUGUGUCCCUGUCUCAACUCAAACAUAUAAUUGCACAUAUGAAGCCUACGGGUUCUAUGUGUGAUGUUAUUCCAUCCACUUUGUUUAAAGAGGUGGUGGAAUCAAUUGGUCCAAGCGUGUUAUCGAUUGUUAACAGUAGCCUGACCACUGGUAUUGUUCCCAACUGCUUCAAGCAUGCUGUUAUUCAGCCUCUUCUUAAGAAAGCAAACCUUGAUUCAUCUGAUAUGAACAGCUUUAGACCUAUAUCAAAAUUAUCCUUUAUGACAAAAAUAUUAGAGAAGACGGUGCUUGCACAAUUAAAUGAUUUUUUAGCCAUCAAUAAUUUGCUCAGGUUCAGUCAGGUUUCAGAGCUGGUCAUAGCACAGAUUCCGCUCUGUUGAGAGUCUUAAAUGCUAUUUUAUUAGGUGUGGAUUCUGGUAGUCCUGUUGGUCUUCUGCUGCUGGAUCUUAGUGCCGCUUUCGAUACGUUUGAUCAUGACAUACUUCUCAAUCGCCUAAGAGACCAGGUUGGUAUUCAGGGGUUAGCCUUGGAUUGGGUCUCUUCAUAUCUGAAGGGUAGAACGAUUUCAGUCUGUUUAGAGAACUGUUCUUCAUCAGUUGUUCCUUUAACAUGUGGGGUCCCGCAGGGCUCCAUCUUGGGACCCAUUUUAUUCUCCCUCUACAUGCUUCUGUUAGGAAAGAUCUUUGAGAGGCAUGGCAUACACUAUCAUCUGUAUGCUGAUGACUCUCAACUUUACUUUCCUAUUAAACAAGGGAAUCAAACCUCUUUUGAGUCUCUGCAUAAAUGCAUGGCCGAUGUGAAGUGUUGGCUGGCAAACAACUGUCUCCAAUUAAACGAGGAUAAGUCAGAGUUUAUUGUUUUUGGUCAAAGGGGAUGUGAGGUAAAUUUAGAAAGAAAUUUGUCACUGCUUCCAGGGAAAAAACUUCCCUAUGUGAAAAACCUGGGUGUUAUAUUUGACUCUGAGCUCAAGUUUGAUCGACAAAUAAAUGCUGUGGUUAAAAAUAGAUCUAUAGCAAAGUUGAAGCCCAUCCUUUCUUUUGAUGAUUUGGAGAAGGUUGUGCAUGCUUUUGUGUCUUCUCGAUUGGACUAUUGUAAUGCUUUGUAUCUGGGUGUGAGUCAGGCCUCUCUCUCUCGCCUGCAGCUGGUCCAGAAUUCAGCUGCUAGGCUUUUAACUGGAACCAGGAAAAGAGACCAUAUCACCCCAGUAUUGAUUUCACUACAUUGGUUACCGAUCCAAUACAGAAUCAAGUACAAAGUGUUGAUGUAUGUGUUUAAGGCUCUUCAUGGUCUUGCACCUGAGUACAUCUCUGCCUUAAUAAGUUUGAAUCAACCUUCAAGGUCUCUCCGCUCUAGUGAUCAGCUGUGUCUAUCAGUUCCUCGAUCUCGCCUAAAAACUAAAGGUGAGAGAGCUUUUGCGGUGGCAGCCCCUAGACUUUGGAAUGAGCUUCCAUUGGUCAUAAAAUCAUCUCCGUCUCUUUCCAGGGGGCCUUAAAAACGUAUUUAUUUUCCCUAGCUUUUAAUUAAUUGCAUUAUAAAUUGUACUAGGUAAAUUUUAUCUUAUUCUUGUUUUAUUGGUUUUAAAAGUUUUUUGCAUUCUUAAGCUGUAUUAAUGUGAUUUUACUUAUUUGUUGUAGCUCCAUGUACAGCACUUUGGUACCCAGUGUGGUUUUUGAAAGUGCUCUAUAAAUAAAAUUGAGUUGAGUUGAGUUACACUCUACAUCAAAUCUUUGGUCGUGUCCACACUCUCAUUCAUCCUGUCGGUCAUAAAAGUUGACCAAACAAGAAAAUUCUGUCAAACCUGUAUAACUUUCAUGAAACAAAAGGAGAUGUUCUUCUCAAUCACCAUUAGGACUAGAGGUCGACCGAUAUAGGAUUUUGCCGAUAACUAUGUUGGGACGACAAGCCGAUAACCGAUUAAUCGGCCGAUAGUUUUUAAAAUUGAUACUGAAUGAAAAAACAACAUUUAAAGUAGAGAUGCACCGAUACCACUUUUUCUCUUCCGAUUGUGAUACCGGAAAUCUCAGUAUCGGCCGAUCCCGAUCCGAUAACAGUGUUGAUAUUUGCAUAAUCAGUUUAGAAUAUCUUUACAUUAUUGUGUGGAAUAAUUGGGAGAUCUCUUUAAUAUGUAAAGAAACACAAACCUCUAACGACACAUUAUUUCAAUAUAAAUGUAUCGACAGCAGACCCUUCCCAGCCGCUCCAGCACCGGACACAACGAGACACAACGGGACACAAUGGGGGAAAUUAUCGGUGUGGAUUUUUGCUGAUAACCGAAAGUUACAGAAAUCAUUAUCGGUGCAGAUUAAUUGGCGAAACCGAUAUAUCGGUCGACCUCUAAUUAGGACUGCACAAUUAAUCAGAACAAUAAUCAAUGUUAUAAUUAUGGAUUCACUAAUUGUGAAAAGUGUCAAUUACAGUUUUACAUGCAUUA